AUGGGCCAUGUUGGCUGGAAUGCGCCGGACUUCUCCACACCACCAACUUUCAAGAAGUACUCUGACACGGCUCCUGAGUACAGGCGCCUCGCUCCGGGCACCAACAUCGAGGGCGAGUGCAUGGGAAAGGAUUGCCCGGCCUUCGGAAAACUGGUCUGGUGCAAUUUGGGCGAGAACCAAAACGGUGAAGACAUCCUGAUGAUGCCUGGGCGCUGCCCUUUGUGCAAAGGCGGCGUCAAGAAUGGCGGCCGGACCCUUGGCUUUUCCAAAUGCUCUUAUGAGAUAGAGGCCUUCUACGACAACGGCUCUGGUAUAGCAGUGAAACUGGUAGGCGACGGUCUGAGUGGCAAAGCCUCUGAGUCAGAUGGCUUCAAGACAUGGCUACCGGAGGGCAAGUUGCUGAACUACCGGAAGCUCACAGUGACGACCACCUUGCUGUAA